UUGAGAGCAUUGAGCUUGAAGGGAAGAUCCAAGAACGACGUCGGCCCGUUCGCUUCUUCCUCUCCUUCGGAUCUUGUUCUGCCGCACGAACGCACCACCGCGGUGCAGCUUCCUGCGGCGAUCGAAGCAUCGGAGAGAGAGAGAGAGAGGCACCGCCGCCGCGCGAUGUCGUCGUUCUCGCGCCUGCCCAGCUCCUUUCCCUUCUCCCGUUUCUUCAAGCAGUUGGAGCAAGAAGCGGAAACAGUAGUGAGGGUGUUGCAGCCUGGACCUUUGGGAAUCAUAGAGCACAAGUUCUCCACUGAGGAGAUAAAUGAGGCCAAUGCCACAGUCCGCCAAGCAGUAGAAGCUUGGAGAAGAAGUGCUGAACUAGAGAAAAGAAACCCGUUCUUGAGAGAUUAUAUCAAAUCAUGAGGGAAGACUGAUAGCUCUGACUUGUCACCAUGUGUAAGUUAUUUUUGAUGCUUUGUUCAGAGUAUGCACGUGACGCUCUACUUCCCACAACAUCUUCAGCGCCAAUUUGAUUGGUAGCAAUUGUUGAUGGUAGGAAUCACAGAAGUAAUGAGUGGAAGGCAUGCUCGCUCCUUCUUUUUCAGCCUAAUUGCUAAACUGACUUUUAUGUUUGCCAAAGGACGCGUUCACCAUGCAUUUUUUGCUGGUUAAUAAAGCAUAUAAAAAAAAAAAUGCAAAUUAAA